AUGUGCAAGGGAUUCGGGUCGACCUUGACUGACCCUGCUCUCCAGUGGUACAUCAAUCUCCCUACCAAGUCCAUCAAGUCCUUUGCAGCCCUUAGCGACAAGUUCGUAGAGCAAUUCGCUAGUAGUCGCAACCUAGAGAAAAACUCAGAUGGCCUCUAUGAAGUCCUCCAACAUAGGAACGAACCCCUUCGUUUCUACAUAGCACUCUUCAACCAAGAGAAGGUGGCUAUCCCUAAGUGCAACGCUGAUACGGCUAUCUCGGUCUUCAAGCGGGGUCUACUCCCGGAGGGAGAUCUUUACAAGGAGCUGAUUAAAUACAAGUGCAGGAAUACGGAGGACGUAUUGUCUCGUGCUUGGGCUCAAGUAGGAUGGGAAGAGGAUGUUGCAAGUAGGGCCAAGAACUAUCCAAAGUAUGAUCAGAAGUCCUCAAAGCCAACUAGGAACGAUCGUGAUGAGCCCUCUCAUCCCAAGUCCGCUAGGGAGACUAGCAGCCCGAGCAGGGGAAGAUAUCAACAUCGCCUUUUGCCUAGAUCCAAAGGAAUGAUGGUAUCCACAUGGCCUGAUAUCUCUCAUUUAGCAAUAACGAAGCCGGAGCUGAUCGGUGUCCUACGAAAAAUGGGUCCUCAAGUCAAAUGGCCCCCUAAGAUGAAGGCCUCCGAGGCUAAUCGAAACCCCAAGCGGUGGUGCGAGUUCCAUAGUGACCAUGGUCAUACUACGGAAGAUUGCAUAGCCCUGAAGAUAGAAGUCGCCGAGUUUCUCAAGAAAGGCCACCUAAGAAAGUUCCUCUCAGACAAGGCCAAGAACCUUCUGAAUAAAGAAGGUCCUGGUCUCCCUACCGAAACAGCUCCCGCAUUGCCACCACAGCAAGACCGAGUGAUCCAUGUCAUCUCAGGCGGAUCGGAAGUAGGCGGAAUCAGCAGUGCCGCUGCCAAGAGAAUUACUGGCAACGCCAGGAACGGCCCAAGAGGCUGA